GCGCCCGCCACCGCGGGCGCGGGGUGCCUCGCCGAGGCGCGGGGGGCGCGGCCCGGCCAGGCGCCGAGGGAGCCGCCGCGAGCGCGGGGGAGCGCGGAAAGGACCCCGAGGGGGGCUGCAGAUUGUCCAGUUCGCUGGCCAGCCAGCCGAUUGGCUGGCUGGCCGCGGGCUGGUCGGCUGGCCGAUUGGCUCGCGGGUUCGCUGGUUCGCUGGCUCGCUGGCCCAGCCGAUGUGGAGGAACUCUUUGUCGACGCGGCCAUCUUCGUCGCGUGCCAGGUGUUCUUCCGCGCCACGGACUGCACCAACGCCUCCAGCUGCGCCAUCCCGUGGGUACUGCCGGCCGCCCGCGUGUUCUUUGUGUGCUUCAACGUGCUGCUCCUCGGCUCCCAGGUUUUCUUGAGCAGGAGAGCCCGGCAGAUCGGGGGGGCGGACGCGAUCGAGGACGCAGAGUACAUGGAGGCGCGCCUCAAGAAGUUCUCCGUCAAAGCGUUGUUGCUCUAUUCUGUGCAUUCUUAUUUCGGACUCAUGGCUCCGUUGGUGUGCAGUUGUCUCAUCACUGCGUACGGGCUGCCUUUCUUCCGUGAUCGAGAGAAGUCUUAUUGGGCGAAGUACGGAGAUCUUAAUUCUUAGGCGAUGAUGCGUCGCACCUCGACCAGCGUUGGAACGAUGUUCAGCCGACAUGGAUUGUCUCGUCAACGUGGGGUCCCGUUACCCGACCGUCCUCCUGCGUAACCUCUGGGAGGCGCCGACUACACAGUGAGACCGAAUUCGGCCAGGUCCGUCUGUGUCAGACCAAGUAUAUGUCUGGUUAGGCUUGGUGCCAGCGCAGUCGACGAGCCUUCUCCGGCUGGGAAUAGACAUGUAAGUGUCUGGAGAGAGGCCCUUCGGCCAGGUAGCUGGUUCGCUGCCAUUCGAAGGGAGUUUAGGUCCGCAGCUAAGCAGGGCCAUAGCACUCACGUUCUGUUUUGAUGUUCCUGACAUGUCGCCAAUUCGGAGGAGCACAUGAAGGAACUCUUUGUCGACGCGGCCAUCUUCGUCGCGUGCCAGGUAUUCUUCCGCGCCACGGACUGCACCAACGCCUCCAACUGCGCCAUCCCGUGGGUGCUGCCGGCCGCCCGCGUGUUCUUUGUAUGUUUUAAUGUGCUACUCCUCGGCUCCCAGCUUCUCUUGAGCAGGAGAGCGCGGCAGAUCGGUGGAGCGGACGCGAUCGAGGACGCAGAGUACAUGGAGAAGCGCUUCCAGAAGUUCUUUGUCAAAGCGCUGGUGCUCUAUUCCGUGCACUCCUAUUUUGGACUUAUGGCUCCGCUGGUCUGCAGUUGUCUCAUCACUGCGUACGGGCUGCCGUUUUUCCAGGACCGGGAGCACUCUUGUUGGGCGAAGUAUGGGCGCUCAAAACCCUAAGCGUUGACGCGCCGCGUCUCGACAUGUGUGUUGAGCGAUGCCCGACAGAGAAAGAAC